AUGGAAUCCGAUUUCAGACGUCAAUGCACCAGACAACUCGAGGACUCAGGACUCGAAGCUGCCAGACUGUCAAGAGCUAACAGUCCAGGCUUCAAUUGGCAGCUGCAGUACGGAGUACGGAGCAGGGAAAAAGUGGUCUCAGUGACGGACGACUCGCAAACGGCGCAAUUGCCGCUUAUUAUUAUUCCACUAAGAAAGCAAGGCUGUCCACAGAUGGUUCCAGGCCCGUCGACAAGCCCAGUCCAAGAAAAGGCACUCAAUGUGGGAUAUUCGGCCAAGAGGUCAACUGUACUUGUACUGCGCAACGUUCCGGGAUCCAAAAUAUUUGGCAGAACCAGAACACCACAUGCAGGCAGCUCAGUUUGUACGUCCGUGCCAGGUGCGGUGCCCAAGAGCGGUAGAGCCAGGGGCAACCAGGCGUCUGUAAAUAGAGCAGACUCUUGA